AUGCAUUUCUUCCCAACAGCUGACUCAACGCUCCUCUCCUCCACCGUCGAUCACAAUGACCUCCCUCCUCGCCCCAAGGCCGUCGGUCCCAUUUUCGAUGCAAACAACUUCAAAACCCCCGUAGAGCCUUGGGACCUCGACCUCGAGACCAACCUGUACCCUCCCAAGGAGCACCCUUUCGCGUCAUCCGCCAUACCCGCUGAGCCGUCAUGUCCUUCAUCCCGAUAUCUACGAACGCGAUUAGCCAAGAAUGAACGAUUGAGAUUGUCCAUGCUAUGGUACUACACAAGAGACCUCGACCAACAUCCUGAACUCCUAGCCGGUCUGCAGGAGAAGGCCUGUCUUGCACAGGAAAACUCUGGGUGGGAGUAUGCUGUCGUUGGACUCCUCGACGCCAAUGUCUACAUUCGCUUGGCAACGGUUGGUCUCCAACUCGCUAUCCUUCCUCGAGGGGAGACUCUUUGUGCACACACGGUGACACAACCUCCGGGCAAUGUCUUUCUCCUCCCCAACAUGCUCGAGGAUUGGAGAUUUCGCGAAUCUCCCUAUGUCGAAUACGGCGGCCUUACAGCGUAUGCGGGCGUCCCACUUCGAAUCCAACACGAAUCCGGCGAGUCGGUAGGCCUCGGUUCGCUUUGUGUCGCAUCGGCUACAAGCCAACCCCCGUUGUCGAAGCACCAACAGCUCGCGCUCGCUCGUCUCGGCGAUUGGAUUGUUGCCGACAUAGUACAAUGCACACGAGCCCGACGCCAACGAGAACGACGCCGGCUUACAGAUCUCAUUACAACACUGCUGAGAGAACCCGAAGGCGACGAUGUCCAAGAACCGAUCCUGCGAAUACUUCGAGAAGCAUAUCCAGAUGAAUCCGUUACUUUGCAAUCAACCGGCACCGAUUCAUUCGACACCAACGUUCCAUACGCGGCAGCAGAUCCGAAGCAUGGAUUAUGGGAGGACGACGAAUACAUCGAUAACUUUAUCGCGACAUCGAAUUGCAACGAGCCGCCUAAAGACAGGGUCGUUCGCUUCAUCUCUGCACAAUGCGAGUCCAAGCUCGGUCCAUCCGUCCUCGUCGUGGCAACGAAAAACUUCCGACGAAUAUUCGACGAUGUAGACUCUGGGUUCGUGCAGGCAUGCGCUACAAUGCUCACGCAACGAUGGCAGAAACGCCUCCUGUCCGAAGUCAUGCGCGCCAAAGAAAAGUUCCUCCGUGGUGUAUCUCACCAACUCCGAACGCCCAUCCACGGCAUUCUCGGCGCCGCUGAACUGCUCACUGAGCAUCUCAAGGCGUUGGCAUUGCCUGGAAGCUCAAAACUGCCACCAAAUAUCGAGGAAUUGAUGAAGCCACUUGCUGAGCUGGGCAAGUCGUCUGUCUAUCUGGAUACCAUCUCAACUGCAGGCCGCGAACUCAUGUCGACUGUCAACAGCAUGAUUACGCUCAAUCGAUGGGCCGACAUCGCUUCCGCCGAGCGUAAAUAUGCCACGCACAGCAUUCAAGAACUCGAAGACGUAUUAGUCAAGGGUUCGUCGGAUGUCACCCUUCGAGGCACGAGCACACGAGCACCCAUCUUCUUCCACCACGAUCUGCCCCUCGGAGGCCAAAGUCUACACAUCGAUCUCGAACUUUUCCACGACAGUGUCCUGCCUCUGAUCGUCAACGCCAUACAAAAUACAUUUGAAGGUGUGAUCACGGUCACGAUAUCCUACACACAAGAUACCAAAACGCUCGUGGUUGAUGUCCAAGACACGGGAUGCGGCAUAGAUGAAAAUGACCAAGGCCGCAUCUUCCAACUGUACGAGAAGGUGGGCGAACACUCGACGGGCCCUGGCUUGGGCUUGACGCUGGCUUCCAAGUUCUCGGCUUUGCUUCAUGGCUCGGUUGAGCUGGUCUCGUCUGUAAUUGAUCGCGGGUCUCAUUUCAGGUGCACAUUUGGUGGCAUCCGUCCUAUAAUGUCACCCACGCCGUCUCUUACGAUGGCUUCUCAACUUAGGCAUUUACCACUGAGUUUCCAUCACUUGACGUCAGACUUCCCCGAGAAACACCUCAAUUCGCACAUAUCGAAGUACCUCACCUGCAAUGGUUUCGUUCAGUCAAACGACUCGACCGAUUGUCUAAUUGUCAUGGAUUACAUUCGUGAUCCGGAUCAGCGACGGAAUUAUCACACCAUGUUGCCGGAAGGCCAAGUUGCAAUCUGCCCCGUCCCGGAUUUAGAAGACAUAGAGACUUCCCAAUCAACGCCAGGUAUUGUCUUUGUCAAAGGGCCCUUUUGCACCUCGUCGCUUGAUGACGCCCUUAAAAAAGCUGACGAGUUGUACGCGACGGCGCGCAUGUCAAUAACAAACCCUCUUCCCUCGGCGUCGCCUUCUCUUACAAAAGACGGCCAGGGCAUUUUACCUGGUCGGCCAUCACCAAGAGGCUGCAGCUCUAUAGACGAAGGCUAUGGCUCCAACACCACUCCCUCCAACAACGGCUCACCGCCGCCACAAGCUCCAAUUGAAGGGCCACCCUUAACCUCCGGUGACUCACUCCCAGCAGUAGUCGGGGCUGAAAAGACGACACCUCUUGAUCUCCCCAUCCGAACCCUCCCAAACACCUCCAAGCCCAUGACCCUCCUUGUCGACGACAACGCCGUCAACCUCCGCAUCCUCGAAAUGUACUGCAAAAAACGUGGCCUCCCUUACCGCAGCGCCAUAGACGGACAGCAAGCGGUCGACCUGGUUAUUCAACAACAAUCCUCCUCAUCAGAUCCUCCCUUCGACCUCAUCCUGAUGGAUCUCCAAAUGCCAAUUUGUGACGGAAUUAGCGCUACUCAACAAAUCCGCUCGCUGGAGAAGAAGGGCAACAAAACGUCGGUGCUGUUCAUCGUUACUGGGCAGGAUAGCCAGAAGGACCGCGAAGCGGCGAGUGCGGCGGGGGCGGAUAACUAUCUGGUGAAGCCGGUUGGAAUCAAGAUGUUGGACGGGAGUCUUAAAAGGUACUUUCCUGACUUAAUGAUAUAG